AAACUUAAUCCAUGCGCUACAGUAGGUUGCAAUGCGACCCCCCGUGUUGGAGAGAAACAUCAACGACCCGGCUUAUCCACUCCAGGUUCGAGCUCUUUGCCGGCGCUUGGUCAUUAGAGCUCAGUAAGGCAACGACACAUCGGACGUUCCAGGUUUGCUCCGCUGCCGGGCUGCACCAAACAACUCGCAAAUAAAACCAAGAAAUAAAAAUCACCUCAUCCAACCCAACGAUGAAUCCGCUUCAUGACGCCGAAGCGACCUUGUCUCGGGAGCUCAUGGAUUUCGGCAUCAGCAACCCCAACCCCGGACCGCACUUCGAUGCCUUCGAAGAACCUCCGCCGCCGCCCAUGAUAACGAGUGAGGGCGUUGUGACUACGGAUAUUACCCAGAAAUUCCUAUCCGCCACUACCGCCUUGAAGCCCGGUGAGCUCGUUAAAGAUGACUUUUUUACUCUUUUCGAGUCCGUCGGGGCUCUCGAGAUCAUGGAUCCCAAGAUGGACAGCGGCUGUCUAGCCCCUGGCGAGUCCCUUGAUGACGACUAUGACGUGACACGGCCACUUCUGCCAGCCGAGGUGGUGGGAAUUAUCGACCAGCUGCUAUCACUAGAGAUGGCAUGGCAUCUCGGUUAUCCGCUUUCCCAGACGCUCUUUACAAGCGUCUACGUUGAAAAGAUGCUACACCCGGCCCCUAAAACACUUGAGGGCGCCGACUUCAUCAGAGACCGCACCGCUGAUUCUCCGCGAGAUCCCAUGCAUGCCGUUCUCAGAGCCUACUGUCUCGGCUUGCUAAAGUCAUGCUACUAUGUUAACGAGCGUAUUAAGUUCGAACACUCUUAUGAGGAGGAGGAUUUCGUGACAAAUCCAUACAAUCGUUCGCUGCUAGAGACUAUCGACCGAUAUGAGAUUCGGGAUGAGAUCAUGGUGGCUCGGAAGAUUAUUCACGACGUCAGCCAUACACUAACAGAUGAGCUAGCGCAUGCGCUAGGCUUCCGUCUUGAGCUAAGGUCGGCUUUCUUGCGGGCAAUCGAGCUAUCCGAGCUGCGCAGUGACCCAGAGUCGCUGAGCCUGCCAUGGUCACAGAUGCAGGGGGUAUGGGAGGUUGUCAACAAGACUCGCCACCUCGGGAAACCCGUCCCGGAGGCAUUCAGCACAAAGAUACAACGCAGGCUCGCCAGUACCAUGCCCCCACGCCCCAUCGUGCAGCCGAGCGCGGAGGAGACGCACGAGCACUUCAAAAAGCUGAUAGCGGACGGCAUCAACGUGCUCAACGUUCUUCACUACUCCGACUCACAAAGUCUCUUGAACUUCGUCUUGACAUUCCAGGCUCAAAAGCCCCAGCCGCUGGUGUAUAUCCGGGCGAUCCUCCAGAACUUCCUCUUCCACGACAUGAUCAUUCUCGGCCACCUCAGCAUCCGCCAAGUACUUGACGACGACCUGUCCAUCGUCGUUCUGCCAAGCAGCCUCCUCCUCGACCGGGACAACGACUCGGUCGAAGCACCCCAUCACCCGCGCUACGCGAUAGCCCACCAGAUGGAGCUCUUCCGCCAACGAGCAGCCCAGUCCUACCUGGACAUCUUCCGCGCCUUCUGCCAAAACCGCUGCCGCGUCCGCCGGACCCUCUUCCACUCCCUCCAGGACUGGGAGAUGGUCCAGGUCGACGCCGAAGAGAUCGACCAGCUACUCCAGCUGCAAACCGAAGAAAAGCCCGUCACCUACCCACCCCUGGGCGGCGUGCCCAGCCACUCCCUCCCCCUCUCCUCCUGGGCGUACCACUACAAGCUCCGCCUCAUGGAAUGGACCGUCCAGCUCGGCUUCGAGCUCGAGAUCUACCAACCGGACGAACUCGCCGGCAUGUACUGGUACCUCAGCCACCUCUCCCACACGCGGGUCCUGCACCUCGAACGCAUCAACUUCUUCACCGCCCAGCGCCUCGAACCCCCAGGCGCCGCCAGCAGCAGCAAAACCCGCCCCCCGGCCCCCUCCCCACAACUCACCCGCUCCAAGUCCUACCUCCACCUCGCCACCCGCGAAGCCGCCGCCACCUCCGACCUCGCCGACGCCCUCAGCCAACUCUACACCGCGCUCCGCCGCCUCGACCUCAUAACCCCCCCGCCCCGCCCUUACUCCACCGACGCGCUGCGCUACGAGGUGCGCAUGAAGCCCUUCGCGCCCAUCGGCCUGCCCACCCUCCCUUCCUUCGAGGAGUUCGCGCGCGCCGUCGACAGGCCGGACGUGCCGACGGCGCUGCAGCUGCUGGAGGGCGCGGGGCGCGCGGCGGGGCGGGUGCGGGCCGCGCUGGAGGGCUUGGCAAGGUUGGGCGCGGACGAGGCGUUUGCGGUGGGCUGUUUUGAGCGCUGGAGGGGCGGGGUGAGGGAGUGGAAUCGGGCGGCGAUUGCGGUGGGGUUGGCGGUGGCGGUGGUGAGGCGGGUGGUGGAGGAGGUUGGGGACGGUGGUGGUGCGAGUGGGGGUGGUGAGGGUGGUGAGGGUGGGAAGGGGGUCAAGGGGGUCAAGGAGCGGUUGAGUGUGCUGGUGCCGAAACCCGAGGAGGGGUAUCAUGAGUGGUGGAUUGUGCCGAAGGUGGUGGAGAGGGAGAAGGUCUGAGGCAGGAAUGGGAUGGUGGUGUCGUCGAGGAGGGGGGUACGCGGGAAGGGUAUCAGAACAAU